CACUACUAUAUAACAAAUAAUUUGAGGGCAUGAUAGGAUGGCAGAUGAGUUCGCUGAGCAUCUGCUCGUCUCCUCCCUAGCACACAUGUGCAAACAACAGGGGUGGCAUCAAGCCUCACGAUCAGGCUUGUCUAUGUUCUCAGACAUUGCCCAGCACUACAUUAGAAACAUAGGAAUUUUAUCCCUCAGAUAUUCCCUUCAUGGUGGACGAUAUGAGCCAGAUUUGGAUGAUCUUGGAAAUGCGUUUAGUGACCUUGGUAUCAGAUUAUCUGACCUGCGUACAAUGUGGUCAGAAACAGAACCCAACAGGGGCCUCCCCCAGGUAUGCAAUUUUCCCCAUCAACCAACAACCAACCUGAAUAUCCCGGAAUCGUCCUCAGGCCACCUGCACCCAGAUUACGUUCCAGAUUACCUUCCCUCCCUUACCAUCAAACAAGAAUCGCCUGUCAAAGACGAGGAAAAGACGGUGAAGGAAGAAAGUACCGCCACUUUGAAUGAAUCCACUGCCGAACCUACAGUUGAUCCGUUUGAUGAAGCAGCAGCUGCCCCAACUCCCUCCGCGCCUAAUUUCCCCUUUGUCAACAAGACUGAUUUACCUGCUCCUGUUAUGUCCAGUUGGGGAUUUCAGCGAAUUACCAUCGAUACAUCAAAACCAUCCCAAACUCAGAACUCUGUCAGCUGUAAAACUGAGAAACAGUCCCGUUCCUCUCCUGAUAAUUUCCAUAUAACUGAAAACUCAGACGACUUCGUAUUUGCUUCAAAGCAUACCAAAGCCAAAGAGGAAAAGGAGGCUAAGGAGGAAAAGGCCAAGGAGGACAAAGCUAAAGAGGAGAAGUCGAAGGAGGACAAACCUACUGAAGAAAGUAAAGUUUCAAAUAGUGAUGUUUUAAACUCUCAAAACGAUUCAUUAGCUUCUCAGAAUCUGUCUGGUGAUGGUAGUACACUUGUAGAGAUGGACUGCAAUUCCACCUUACCGUCAGAGUCUGUGCCACUGAAAAACCAUGUGGAUAGUAAGAAAUCGUCCCAAGAAUCAGCUUUCAACGAUUCUCUUUUUUUUCCAUCGAUGGGUACAUCCACUCCGAUCGUAAAUUCAGAAAAGCUGCCAACUAUCAAAAAUGGACAGAACGGUGUUCCUUGCAAACAAAAACUAUUUAAUCACUCACCAAAGCCUGUCAAAAAUCACUCUUCCGUAAUGCAAAUGGAAGAUGGUUUUGCUCCUGAAACAGUUAAAAAAUCAGAGACGACAGCCGUCAAGAAGCCUGAAGUUACAAACACGAAUAAUGUGAAUGAUAGUGACUCUGAGGAUUUCAAUGAUUUUGGUUUUGGUGGCUCGAGUUCUGACGAGAUGACAAGCAAAGAAAACUUUGACCGUCUUCUCAAACCACUAUCACCCAUGGAAAACCCAGCUACUUCUAUUGUCAGUAAUCUGAACAAAUCGCCCAAAACACCUCCCAGUAAACGAAGGAAGCUUGAUAGCCCAUCUUCACCAGCUCUCCUCAACACUGAGAAGAACCUCCUGAAAAAUCGACCUGACCUCAUCAAAAAUGAUGUUGUUUCUAAACCUAAACCGGAAUGUAAACUCUUGAACAACCACAAUUCAGUUCCGAAAAAACCAGUUAAGACUGAUAAAAAUCAUCAGAGCAAACAUGCAGAGAAUCAGAAAUAUACCAACUUGCUCAAAAAGUCUCUAAACCAUGGUACCAGCAUUAAACAUCGCACGAAGCCUAAAAAGCUUAAGAAGAAGGAGGUUGCCAAAUCUAUAGACUUGUUCGAUGACCGCCCAAUAAAAAUUCCCAAUCACAAAUCUGACAAACUCAAAAAAAACGUAGAGAAGACUGAAGCUGCUAUCGUCAGUAAAACGUCAGUUAAUUCUGCAUCACCUAAUUUGUCAUCAAUUGAACCAACGAAACUGAAGAUUGCCCCUAUCACUCUGUCAAUUCCUAAAAGAGAAUCAAUUCCUAAGAAGGAACCGAUUCCCAAGAGAGAACCGAUUCCUAAGAAAGAACCGAUCCCUAAGAAAGAUCCUCCUUCUAAACCUGCUACUCCACCAUUGGCCUAUACGGAAAAGACAACUUCAUUAAAGAUUUCACUGAAAAAUGUUAAGAGCUCGAAAAUCAAAUCUAAAAGUACUGUUGAUAGCAAAGACGAUUUGAGUUCACUUUCUUCCGAUUCUUUAGAUGGGUUUGAAGACUUAUUACCCAAAAAAUCUCAGAAAGUGAAGAAGGCAUCUGAUUCUAAAUCGGACAAACGGACAUUUAAAACCAAGGCUGAGCUGAAAAACCCGUGGCCACCCUCUGAAUCAUCUCCGAGUACUGGUAAGAAAGCUGAACAGCCUCCGAUUGUGCCUGCUCCUGCUAUUGAAACGGAAAGAAAAAAGCAGAAAUCUGGCGGCUUGACUACUAAAAUCAAAAUAGGUAAAUCUGGGGUCACCCCAUCAACUGCAGUAUCUAUCACAUCUCCCAAGCCUUCUCCGAAACCUUCAAUGAAAUUGAAACUCAAUAUUCCUUCAAGUUCAGAAAGUCAAGAUCAAAAUAUAUCCAUGUACAGUCAACCCUCUCUGAGAAUCGACGAGAGUUUAAUCUCAGAAAAGGGGGAAGAAAAGCCAGCUAUCGCUUCUCUGAAAAUACCAAAGAUAAAAAUCAAGAUUGGAGGCAAUUCGUUGAAGUCACCAGAUUCACCAGCGUCCUUUUCCUCUACAACAAUAAAUAGUCUUGAACUAGCCCCUAAACCGCCACCUAAACCUAUCAAACCUUUGAAGAUUAAACUGCCGGAUCCUGGCAGUUUGUCGAUCAAGUCUGAACCUUUAACACCUAAAUCACCUGCUCCUACAAUUAAAAAAGAAAAGAAGGAGAAGAAGACUAAGAAAAUAAAAACAGAAUCUAAGUUCUCGAAAUCGUUAGAGAGGGUCCCACCGAAAGAGAAGCCCGUCGUGAUAAAAUCAGAGCCGAUACCAGAACCGAUAGCAGAACCGUUCGAUACGACAGUGACACCGCUUCUGGAAAGUUCUCUUGUCAGUGAAACUGUUUUCUCGGAAACUGUCGCUCAGACUGGGGGAGAUACUAUCAAGAUAUGGUACUGUCCCUCCUGUAUGUUACCAGACGACGGGUCCCCCAUGGUUGGGUGCGAUAGGUGCGACGAGUGGUAUCAUUGGCCCUGUGUCGGGUUGAUACAGGCUCCACCAGAUGAUGUCGACUGGUUUUGUCCUCCUUGUAAGAAACUCCUCAGCAAACCCUCCAAAGGACGGAAACCAGGCGGAAAACGGAAAAGAAAGACAUGAAUUUUAGAGUUUUUAAAAGCAGAGUUGUAUUUGACUUCUAGAGCUGAAGAUGCAUCAGCGGCGCCUUUUUUGAGUCUUGUAUUUAUGAUAGGAUCUCCGCUUAUAUAAGUACUGGGUAGUACUAUGUGUAGUACUAUGUGUAGAUAGACAGUGUAUAAGAGUUAGCUGAUAUGAGUGCGUUUUUCACCCAGUUGUAUCAAUGUUGCAGAUGUAUCGUAGACAUGUGUGCUAGUAUAAUAUAUCCUUUUUAAAUGCCUUGUCUCGCGGAGAAGGGUGGUUCGUUACUUUUCACCUUCUCGAUGUUUCUUCUUGUACCUGAUUUCAUUAUGUUUUGUACAAAUUUUAACGACACCUUUUUAUCAUCUGAAAUUAUUAUUUUUAUAGAGAAGAAUUCCUGUCGCUCUGUGAGGUUUGAUACUGCACUAAGCAUUUUGAUGAAAGAAUGCGGGACGUUCAUCAACGUGUGAUUGAUUAGUUGUUUGAUUGAUACUGCUAAAAAUAACCCGAGUAAGAAAUUGAUUUCAAAUGAAUGUAUGUAUUUAAUUACCCGUCUUUUUAUCGGUAAUAUGUAUCUUAAAAUAAACAAUAUUAGUUUGCUAAUCUUAAGCCCUCUGGCCAUCGGGUGCUAGUAAUUGGAAUGCACUUUAAAUUAUUACGUGGGAGAAUAGACGCAAAAUAUUAGUUUGUUUAUCUUCUCUUCAGUUGGAAGUAA